CUUCUGUCGGUCGCUUGCCUCCGUGAUUGCCUCAAAAUCACUCUCCGACAGCUAUAAUUUUCCGUCAUCAUCGCUCUCGUCGAUCCACGUGUCGCCUCUUUCCUCUCUCUCUUUUUUUUUCACACUUUUACAGUCUUUCAGAGAAGCAGACCCAGAUUGAUUUCUCUGACAGAGCAAUAAAUCAACAAGGGAAAUUUGGGAAUGCUGUUUAGCCGUAAAAUGUUCAAUUUCUUUGGAAGGAAAGAUAUUAGGAAGAUUCUUAAGCGCAAAGACAGUGAUGCUGGCCAAAAAGGAAGAGCUCUGGAAGAGUUGAGAGCUUCUCUUUUUAAUGAAUUUCGCUCGUCUGAAGCCGUAAAGCGUCAACAGCAAUCUAGAUGUGGUCCCAUUGCUGCUCUUACCUUCAAUUUUUUGGUUGCAGUUGGUAUUAUUUUCAUGAAUAAAUUGGUGCUUAAUAAAGUUAAAUUCACGUUCCCUAUCUUUCUCACUUUUAUUCACUAUGUUGUAAGCUGGUUAUUAAUGGCCAUUCUAAAUACCUUUUCUAUCCUCCCUGCAUCUCCUUCCUCAAAAUUGACACGGUUAUCUACUUUAAUUACUCUUGGCACUGUUAUGUCCCUAUCUACUGGCCUCGCCAAUGUCAGCUUAAAAUACAAUAGUGUGGGGUUUUAUCAGAUGUCUAAGAUCGCUGUAACACCGUCCAUUGUCCUGGCAGAAUUCUUAUUUUAUAGAAAGAAAGUUUCUUUCUCCAAGGUGCUUGCACUUACAGUUGUAUCUAUUGGUGUUGCUGUGGCUUCGGUGACUGAUCUCCAAUUCGACCUCUUUGGUGCUUGUGUAGCAUUUGCAUGGAUAAUACCUAGUGCAGUCAACAAGAUCCUCUGGUCAAGUUUGCAGCAGCAGGAGAAUUGGACAGCCUUGGCCUUGAUGUGGAAGACGACGCCGAUCACUUUAUUAUUUCUGGUUGCUUUGAUACCUUUGUUAGAUCCCCCUGGUGCCCUUUCCUUUGAUUGGAACUUCAAUAACACAUUGGCGAUUCUCACAUCAGCGGUUCUUGGCUUCUUGCUUCAAUGGUCAGGUGCUUUAGCACUUGGGGCUACGUCUGCCAUCACGCAUGUUGUUCUCGGGCAGUUUAAAACAUGUGUUCUUCUUCUUGGAAACUACUAUCUCUUUGGUUCCAAUCAAGGAAAAACUAGUAUUUUUGGAGCAUCAACAGCAAUUGCUGGUAUGUCUGUUUACACUUACCUUAAUCUGAAGCAGAAACCAAGCAAAACAACUCGACAAGCCUCCUCUUUGCCGAUAUCUAGACUGAGCAAAGAAAAUGGCAACACACAUGAUGGAAAUGGUGGUGGGGAAUCAGUCAAACAAGACGCCUAACUUCGAUAAGAAGAUACUUGAGAAGAUGGAGUUUUUAUUAAUUUACUCACUUUACCUUUUCUGAAUUCAAAGAAUAGGGCUCUUUUUCUCAUCCGUCAUUGCUUAUAGACUAUUUGAGUGCUGUAGUUAACCUUGAUUUGAGUCAAUUUUAGCCUAAUUGUUAUACCUGCUCCAGUGGCUUGUGUAGAUUAUGUGGAGUGCAUUGCUAAUAUCAUGACUGCUAAUUGAGCAUUGUAUAUAUGAAUGGUCAGGAGAAUUCUUUAUCUGAAUCCGAUUUUGUUCAGGCUUUUCCUUGUUUAUACA